AUGAUCAUCGUAUUCCUUAUAGAUGUUUGUUCUUCAAAGACUGUAAACGGGUAUAGUCUGUUGGACCUCGCUAAGUUGUUUAUUCGUAGUUUUUUGCAUCAAGUGAACAACGGCAAGAACAAUCAUAGUGUGAAAUAUAUUUUGGCGACCUCGGAUCGUCCACGUUACUGCAUCAAGACCGAAUACCAUGAUCCUAUAUACACUUUCUUGGAGCAACUUGAGUUGCUAUCACCAACCGACGCUUCGAGGAUCGGAACAGGAUUCGCGUCAGUUUUUGAAUUUUUGAGUUUGCGCCGAAUGAUAAGACAUAUGGAUUCGUUCUACAGGGGUCGAUAUGUCGAACACAACGAAACAACAGGCAUAUUUUGGUUCACUGAUGGUUGCAAUUUAGAUUUCUUGAAUUCUUGUCUCGAAUACCAGCCUGAUGAUGGAAUCACCUCCAGCUCGAUGUUUUAUCAAGAAAAGUAUCGCUGGGAUCAAAAAUUAUUCACCUUCUUUCUUUCAUCACAAACUUAUACGGCACCUGCUGCAUUACACGAGUUGAACGCCAACAUGAGAGGUCAACUGUAUAGUUUGCAAACAUCUGACGAUAUUCUUAAAGUAAUUGGAAACAUUCUUGGUACUGACAAGGAUUUUUACGAGCAUGCAAAAGAAAUAUAUCCGUACAAUAUUUUUUCGACGUGCGGGGUGCAUCUAAAUUUUGUAGAGGCAAAUGCCAAUUAUGAUCCCAAGUCUAAUAACUGUCUUGAACAGAUAUAUGUCGAUCCGCUGAAAUUCGAAGGGUUUUAUCCGAUACCCGAAAAUUUCUGGAUCGAAUCAGAAGCUAUUCGGCUUCAAAUGGAUAUAUCGUCUUUGAUUCGACGCAAGUCAAUACCUACGAUUGCUUAUUGGAAACAUAAGGAAUUUUAUAAAUCACACGAAUUGCCAUCGAACUUCCCACGAGAUACGUAUGUUGUGUCGGAAUGUGAUAUGACUCGUGAGUUAAAAUGUCAGAAACCCGGUACAAAAUGGCCGGUUUACAUUCAUAGCAGUAGUAGGAAUUCCGGUUAUGGUGAACCAUUUGGAUAUUUGGUAGCAAACAAAAAAAAUGAAUGGGACUUGGAGGUUAGUCUUGUAAUACUACCGUACAAUUUUCCCUCGUUAUUUAAAUUACUACAUCAGGCAAAGCAGUAUGUAGAACCACCUCCCUCGUGGAAGGAAAGUAUGGAAAUUUAUAGAAAAAAUUUGCCUUGGUAUUAUCUUCAGCCAUUGGCAAAAGUGUUUAUGGCAUACAAACUUGAUAAAAUUGUACCUAGUGGCUUUUUUACAAAGCCCAAAACAGAAGGAAUCGAUGCAAUUAUAUAUCAGGCUGUACAGCAAGCACAUGCAAAAUAUGAGCAGAUGAAGAAUGAUAUUAUGAAAAAUCGUUAUUCCAUAACAAGGCCUACUCCUUAUCCCGAAAAGUGCAUAGAAGGUAAUGCACAAGCAGAAAGGGCUCUUUCGAAUAUUCGCAAAAUCACAAUGCUCGCACAAUUACCGAAUGAAGCAGAUCCUUCUCAUUCAGUAAACACGGUGAUCAUGGGAAAUUACGAAGAGGUCAUGGCCAAGAGAGACAAACAUAAGUUGAGGGAUCCACACGAAGAAAAU